UUGGAGAUUUUGCCAGUCGUGUUAUCACAGCUACUUUGCGGAGUACAUGCGCUCAGUGGUCGGGGAUGUGUCUGCCGUAGGUUUUCAGUGUUUAUGCAGUGAUAAGUACAUAAUGCCAGCAGCUGCCAUCGAACAAUCUCUUUGACUACUUACACUUCUCUUCGACUGCUUUCAAAAGUAUCGAGAUUCGUUCAACCUUUCUCUGCGUUGCCGUAUGUGAUAACAGGUUCCUUCAAUUGCAAGUUCCCAGUGAAGUUCCAACGCAGAGAUGACCGAAGGUACCGAUGGCAAGCCUGGCACGAUGAUCAGCAAAGUCCUCACAAUGAUCGGAGGAGAUGGAGAAGAUAGUUAUGCGAGGAAUUCAUCUUUUCAGCAGGAGGUCAUCAGCUCGGCUGACGCCGUUCUCGCUACUGGCAUCGAGCAGCUGACUCUGCCUGCUCCAAACACAGGACCCCUCGUCAUCUCAGAUCUGGGCUGUUCAUCAGGACCAAAUACGGUCAACAUUGUGAGUCGUUUGGUGAAGAUGUUGAAGUCAGAGUAUCAAAGGCGCGGACGAGAUGAUUCUGAGUUUCAAGCGUACUUCAAUGACUUGCCCUCGACAGAUUUCAACUCUCUCUUCGAGCUUCUUUCCUCGGAGCGUCGAGAAUUUUUUUAUGCCGGUGUGCCUGGAUCCUUUUAUGAACGCAUCUUCCCCAAAUCGUCAGUGAAUGUGUUUCUUUCCACCAACACACUGCACUGGAUUUCUCAGGUUCCUAGCGAAGUCACAGAUGAGAAUUCUGCUGCAUACAACAAAGGCAGAAUCUGGCUUCACGGUGCCAAUGAACACGUGAUCGAUGCUUACAAGCGGCAGGGAGAAAAUGACAUGAGGAACUUUCUCGACGCUAGAGUGCAUGAGCUGGUUCCGGGAGGAUUGCUCUACUGCAUUUUCGGGAGCGCUAGGAUUGAAAACGGCGAUACGCGAGAGCAAUAUCUUGCACCGUUCUCGGAAGACGAAACAUCGACCAAUGUGUCAUUCGUGAGGAUAUUAGAGCACAUUUGGGAUGAAUUGAUAGCGGAGGGUCUUCUCACUGAGGAGCAGCGGACUCGUUGCAACUUGCCCUGGUACAAGUUAUCGGAGGAAGAACUGAGAGAUAUUCUGAAGUCCUAUGAAGAUGUCUUUAAGAUUGUACUAUUGAAGAAUAUCCAACUGCCAGUGUCUCGCACACGUGAUCAACAGGAAUUGGAUGAUUCAAUGAGGAUGGUACGAUCGGUUUAUGCACCGUACUUCAAUUCCGUCAUCGGAGCCGAAUCGAGCGCCAUUUUAUUCGCCAGAUGGGGAGAACGAUUCGGACAAAGGGUUCAGAAUAGGACUGUGUCAAGUUCGUACUGUUCUCACGUUUUGGCUCUCCUCAGAUUAUAGCCCGCUUCAGGCAAAUGUUGUAGAGUGGGACGUCGAUCGCAUCGAUUCGAUCCCAAAAGGUUCUUGUUAUACACAUUUAUUAUCAGAAAUGUACAAUUUGUU